UCCUCCACCUCCUGUCCGCAGCAUCUCUCCCUGAGCACCAUUAGAACCAGAAGGAGGGAGAGUGCAAGUCACACGCGUGUUCCUGGCGGCAGUGGAUAAGACGAUCAAAGAGUCCUCAAUGCAGAGUCACCGCAGACUGCUUUGCUUGCUCAAAGGGAAUGCAAGAUGAGUGGUGAGCUGGUGUAAAAAAAAAAAGCUAUAUUUGGAGGACCACAUCACAGCAUCAAAAAGAACCGGAACCAAAUAAGGAGGGAAAACAAGAGUGCUUUCUGAGUCAAUCAAUGGCCUCGGGCUCCCGAAUUUCCUUUGGGAUUAAUAAAGUAACCGCCUGGUAUCUUUGAACGCUCAAAAGAAACCCUGCAAAAUGAGCAACCCCACUAGCUUCAAGGGAAACGGGGUUGUUGAGAGAGCGGAAAAGAUCACAAGCAAAGCUCCAAACCAAUUUCCUCGCACUGGCGAUGACAAUGCCAAUCGAUUCACUUUUUUGAGCGAUGAAGGAGGAUUGUCAGAAGGCACCGGAUGCAAUACGACCUCGCUCCCACCUUUGGUGUCACAAAGCGAAUCCCACGACAACAUGAUCAUCUGGCGCUCCGAGCAGCAAUGUUCAGAGCCAGGCCUCAGAGAGAUCGAGCUAGUGGAGUGUCCAGCCAUACACGCAUUCUUAAGAAACCCAAACGUAGAGGACGACGAUGACGAAGACAGGCAAAGCACAGGAGAAGAUAAGGGUGAGGGUCCGAUGUCGAUUUCCUCCAGUUCAACCGCCAGCUCUACUUGCACUGGGGUGAGAAGGAACGACAACGACGGCAACAAAGUGGUGAACAGAACUCCGAGGGACGAAGACGAGCGGGCAAAGAACACGUGUCAUAAUACAGAGCGAGACAAUUGUGAGGCAGGCUUAACCAAAGAAGAGAACACCAAGAAAGGUCGGGGAGGGCUGAAGCAGUCCAAGUCUGAAACAAACGUGUUCGUCUCCAAUCUAUCCGCGAUCAAUCUCAGUGGAAGUCUGUCCAGCGCUCUGGAUUCCAGCAGAGAAACUUUUAUCUGUCUGCCCAGCUCCAAGACCAACAUUUGUUACGCCAACAACACUACCUCAGCCCAAGCGAUAAGAAGGGCAGCUCGAGUCGAAAACGACCCUCCGCCAUUGUGUGAUCAGGAGAAACGUGAACGAUGCCGCAGUCAGGAUGACGGACAGGAUGAGAGAAGCCAUUGCAGAAAUGGAUCAUCCUCGGACGGCGGUCUGGGCCAAAGAAGAAGGGCGGGAUUUGAGGAAAGGGCUCUACCACCGAGGCGACAACAGCUUGUCAGACCCCUGUGUCAGUCAGAAAUGGGCGGAGCUCAAAACGUAGCGGAGCUAUGCGGUCAGGGUGCUGAAGUCGGGCGACCACCCUCAAACAACACCGCAACGGUUUCGCCGAACCACGCUCCCAACGGGUCAAACAAAAAGCCGACGAGAUCAUCUCUACGCGAACCAUCCGAUUUUUCACAUCUUUACAACACAUACGCAGUCUUCCAAUCCCGACAGCCCAACCAGGCAGCCAAGAAGGAGGUUUCAUCAGCGGAAAAGCAACCAGGUUCAAUGACAAAGUCCACUUCAAACGCCUCCAAAUCGUCCACCAUGGAGAAGCGACCCCAGACUCAGUUCACCUACAGAAGGAAUUGCUCCAGUCCCAAAAGGACGUUUACGCCUCCCCACUCCCCUCUCAGGACGCCGCAGGGCUCACCACACAGGCAAGCCUCGAUGCACCUCAUCUCCAAGGAGGCACAUCGAGGAGUUCAACACACCCCUGAUGUCAAGCCAUCAGCCCAGGGCCACGACAGCGUUUGCCCGAAAGCGCCAGUUCCAACCCACAUAAAUCCAACGGGGAUCCCCAAAGCGCCUCUCCCCAACCAGCAAAUCAUCCCCAAUUCAAGCCAUACCUCGAGCCCCAAAGACAGCUGCCCUUCACCCAAACUCAAACCGAAAGGAAUCCGCCCAAAAAUCAUCACUUACGUCCGUAAGAAUCCUCAGUUCAAGCCUCCCGACGGACCUUAUCAGGUAUCUUCUUUGCCAGCAAGGUUGCCCGUAUACACACAUGGCGCAGGUGCAACGUCAUCUAGUUCUUUCAAAGAGACUCCUCAAGACCCCCUCAAGCCCGAGAAAGGAACCAGAGGGUCGCCAGUACUCAGUGCCUCCAACUUGCUUUUCGACAAGUACCACAAAGACAUGCAAACCAAUAUCUUCCCUUCGGGAUUAUUGAGCCGGAGUAUCCGGGCUCCGGGACAUUCAAACACCGUCCCUCCAACACAUACGCACAGCUAUACAGCGCCCCCAAAACUGGCCGGUAAAACGGGGGACUUCUAUGGAGCACACUCAGAGGUCGGCAGAUCAGCCAGUUUUAAAGAGAGUUCUGCAGAGGACCCGAUACAGAUUCGGACAGCCGCUCAGACCGGAGGGAGCGGAAGUCUCUUGCGCUCCGGCAGAGGUCUGCGUUUGGGCUUGGGUGCUGUGACCAGGACAGCUUCAAGUUCAGUCAAGGGCAAAGGUCAGAGGUCAACAGUCAUUCAACAAGUCUGCCCAGCAGCCAGCCAGAAGAGCCACAGCACCACAGCUGACGAUGAGGUUUUCACUCUUCCCGCUCCCGAGACUCCAGCAUCAGCACAGGCGCAGGCCGUGACCUCCAGGACCCUGCUUCCCAAAGGAAGCCAAUCGGGCCUUCGCGCGCCUGGUUACAGUUCCACCAGACUACCCGUGGGCCGCCUGGCCGCGUUUGGCUUCAUCAGAAGUUCAAGCGUGUCCUCUGUUUCCUCAGCACACUCGGCCGACAGUGCGCAGAGCGACCCGAGCAGGACGGCUCACCGUCUGAGUGUGAGCGAGGACCCUCCUCUACAUCGAGUGGCCGGCGCCCCCGCAUCAACAGAUCACCAAAGAGGUCCGCCAUGUCGCAGCGUCAGCCUUCAGCCACCGUCCACCCCGGCUUUGCCGCGCCGCUACCUGCCCGCUCAACCAAGAACCUCCCCCGGGGUUGGCAGGAAGGAGUUCCAGAGGAGUUCAGAGGUAACGCGCUCCCUACCGUCCUCCCCAAAGAGACUGGCAGUUGUCCCGCCCAAGCCUCAGUCGCCAGGAUUUGCUCCGCCGAGAAUGGCUAACGUGGUCAGCACAUGUCAAGUCAAGUCAGGCCAGCGGCCUGCAGGAGGACCGGCCCGGGGAUCUGUCGCCCCUGGCUCCCCUCGCCGGGGUCUUCCGCUGAAGCUGCAGCAAGAGAAGGGUGAUGCUCAGAUGAGAGAGGAAGAAAGGAUAGCAAAGGAGAGAGAGAACGAGGAGCAACGCGAGGAGCUGGAGAGGCUGCGUGGACGCUGCGAGCGGCAGGAGAAGCAACUGAGAGCUCUGCAAGAAGAACUGAGGAAGACCUCUUUGGGUUUAGAAGCCUUCAUCGUCACCACUCAGCAUUACUGCCUCAAGAAUAAAGUCACCGAAGAGAAUGAAUCCAACUUGUUCCAGGAAAUACAAACGAUCAAAGAGCAAAUGGUGUCCAACUGUGCAAACUGGGAGAGACUCAAGCUGGAAAAGUCUGCGGCGGAAUCGGCAUUUGAACGAGAACUGCGGCAGCUGCGGGCGCAGCAGGAAGCGGAACUGGCCGCCACGGAGGAGAGCCUACGCAAGUGUCACUCAGCCCAGACAGAACACCUGAAGGUGGAGCAUCAGUCGGAAAUGGAGGAGCUUCGGACCCAGCACCAGGAGCAGGUGGAGGAGAUGUCAGCUCACCAUCAGGCAGUCAUUCAGGAGCUCAGAGACAUGCAUAACAUCACCAUGGCAACGCUGCAUGAGGAGCAUGCCCGAACCAUGAGAGACUUAAGGAAAGCGCACGAGCAACACAAGAUUCUGCUUGAGGAGGAUUUUGAGAAACUAAGGCUUUCUCUUCAGGAUCAAGUGGACACGCUCACAUUUCAAAACCACAGCCUGCGGGACAAAGCCAAGCGCUUUGAAGAGGCGUUGAGGAAGAGCACCGACGAACAGAUAAUUGAUGCCUUAGCGCCAUACCAGCACAUUGAGAAGGAUCUCAAGAGCUUGAAGGAGGUUGUGGAAAUGAAGAACCAGCAAAUACACCAGCAAGAGCAGAAGAUCUCUGACCUGGAGAAAGUGCAGGCCCAAAAGAAUGUGCUCCUGGAGGAGAAAGUCCAGGUUCUGCAGCAACAAAAUGAAGAUCUGAAAGCUCGUAUUGAAAGGAACCUCACCUUAUCUCGGCAACUUUCAGAAGAGAACGCCAACCUCCAGGAAUCGGUCGAGAAAGAGAGCACAGAGAAGAAGCGGCUGAGUCGAAACAACGAGGAGCUGCUGUGGCGUCUUCAGACCAGCCCCCUGAUGUCUCCUUCGUCCUCCCCCCUCCACCGCUCGUUCUCUACCUCCCCCAUCCCGUCAUCCCCAUUGUUCUCAUCCUCACCUGCUCCUCCGCUAGGAUGCCACUCGCCCACCCACUGCCAAGGCUGCCCCCAGCAGCCGCAGUCCGCCUCCCCCUUCCAUACGGCCAAUCAGAAUUACUCCCCCGGCCCGGGAACACCCACCCACAGGGUACCAGCCAAUCAGAAUUGCUCACCGGGGCCAUGCACACCCACUCACAGGGCAACAGCCAAUCGCAAUCCGUUAGCUUGUCUCACUUUACAGAGAUAAAAACCUUCAUUUUCCUUCCAUUUUAAAUGAUUUCCUCAAAUCACUACUCUGAGUUUGACUGCUGAUGUUUUCUUGCACGUAAAGAUCAUUUUUACCAAACAUGCAAGACAACUUAGCUCAGUGGUUGUAUAUACUAUGUACACGAGCGACACAAAUAGUGACAAUGUGAAGUCACUUCCCACAAAGCGAGGAAGCAGCACACAAGAACAAAAGCCUCCUGCGUUCAGAACACAAAUGCAUUCAAUUAAAUAUGUGACACACUCUCCCACUGGGAUGAGUUUGUCAGUUCUAUUUUUACAAAGCUAGAGCCGCAGCUAAGCGCCUUACUUCUGCCGUUUCACCAGCAAAGGUCAGUCAAUUUUUAUCAACUAUUUGUCGGUUUUAAUUGGUUUUAGGGAAGACCUUCAUUUGCAUAAAAACCUGUGGUAUCUGUCCAAAAAUGCAGAUAAGGAACUCCAAAGAAGUGCGAUGAUAACAUGACUUAAGAGUGACCCGACUUAAGUGUUUUUCGAGAUACGAGACUUGAUGAUUUUGCAAGCAAAAAAUGUACAUAUGCGUGCCAGAUGAUGGCAGCAAACUUCAACUCAUAGUUUGGCAGAUACGAAACGAUUCUGCAAAAAAAAAAAGGGGCGAAUUGUGCUUUGGAAUGUUACUGCCUCUCCCAGUUGGAGUUACUGCCAAACUAAACAGAGGAAAUUGAACAUUGUUUAUUAAAAAUAAACAAACAAUUUUUGACUUAUCUAAACAUCAGCCAGUUCGAUGUUAAUACACAAUGUAAACUAUAGAUGGGCGGACAAAUCUCGCAAUGAUGUUGCAAUAGUUAUACCCGUUGAAUAAUGAAUAUUUGAACACAAAUUAUGAUUUUGUACAAAUAAUUAUGAGCAUUAAUUUCAAAUCGAAAUGUGUUCACGCGAUCCGGGGAUUGAAAUCGGUUUUGCGUUUGCCUCAGUGGACGUUCAAGAGACACCACAACACUAAACAGCGAUCGUGACGCUGAAAUCUGUUUACAAUGUCAACAUUUCCACAGCAGCGCCGCAACAGUAGAUGCAGCUUUUUUCCACGGUGCACUUUCACACACUUUCGCUGAACCCCGCCAUCACGAAAUUCCCUUCCACACAGACAUUAUUUUUCCUCCGAUACUACGUCUGAAAAGAAAAUUGCCCGGCCCACUUCUUCCCGUAAAGCACCCCCCCACCCAAUCAGUGUCAGAGGCUUCAGACUGAUUUGUUCCUCUUAUUUUGCUACUUCAGCACGCAUGCACUGUGAAUGUCUUCCAGUCUUAUUAUUGCUGUGGUUUGUCUAUUUAUUUAGCCAACUUUAGGGAGGAAAUGAACAGUACAGGGGACAGUUUUUAAAUGAAUUAACGGUCAAUAAGCUAGAAACAGUGGAACCUCCGAAUUCUGUAAGACAAAACAUCCAGUGAAUCUUUUAGAUGCUCAAUGAGCCGAAGUCUCGAGAGAUUUUUUUUUUGACUGAUGUCAUUCAUGAAGAUGUUUUGAACUGUUUUGUUUCACUUUUGAGGUGUGUGUUUCCUUUCGAAUUAGCAGCUUUUGACUUUAGGGCCUCUCGUGGCUCACCGAUAAAGUUCAGUUUACCUUUGUGAAGAUUAUUUUAAACUCGUCCAAAAAGAAUCUUUCAAAGCAAAAACAAUUUCUGUUGUGUCUGCUUUCUCAGAACAUGUACUAGCCAGUAUGUAUUUUUAAACUUUUUUCAAAUAACACUAAUUAUUAAGUGUUGCAAAAGGGAUCAUUCAGGGAAAUUUCUCCUUCACAUGUUCCAAUAACCUCUUUCCAGUUUUUUUUUAAUAACUUCUCAAUGUAAUUGUUUUUCUUUUUUUUUAACUGCAAUAGAAACAAACCAGGAUUGUAAUGUACUCACAUUUCAGCCUCAGGGUCCUCAUAGGGGCUGCUUUGACCAAGUCAAGAUCCUGAUUUUCAGUCCGUUUACACCAACCGUGUCCUGCUGAAGAGCGUUACAGGUGUUCGUCUUUGCAUGAAAAAAACUGCUGUAAAUAAACAACAUGAGAGAGAACGAUGGCGGGGCGAAAGAGUUAUAUAGGGGUAUUGGUCAUGUAUUUUUGUUUUUACAGCAGGGGUGGGGGAACCUUCAUCAUUAGUGUAUAUGGCAAAUGCGACAAAAGAGUCAUUAAAAGGUCCAAAAACAAUAAGGAUAAACAUAUGUUCAAUCAAUGCAUCAUACUCGUAGAUUUAACGACUGUAAAAAACGAAUGCAAUCAAUCGGUCACCAAAAUGCAGAACAUACCAUACACCCACCCCCCCGCCCCCCCCCCCCCCUGAGCAGCAUUUAAUGACACGUUGUUUCCGUGUUGCCCUUUUCUUUUUUCCUCCCUUCUCGGAAACAAACAGCAGAAGUGGGUGCGAAUUAACCAUACCAGCAUUUAUAAUGGCCACGAAGAGCAAAUUAUGUCGUGACGAGGAACUACAAGGUUUUUUGGAGGGUUUUUUGGUAGACAGGGUUUAACGCUCUUAAACAGAGGAAUGUCAAGCGAAACGAAGCAUUUGAUUGAUUGUUUUGGAUGAUUUUGAGAAUGUUAUUUGUACGAAAACUGCCAGUCACUCAUUCACUGUGUUUUCAAUGAUUUACAAUUGUACUUCAGGGUCAGUUCAGGUGUAAAAUAAUACCGUUUACAACAACAGUUUGCAACACAAUAAAUAACAAUAUAAUUCAAAACAACAAAUGACCCUGCCGGUGUGUCCUGUGGACAUCUUUUAACUCGGCUCUGAAUGUGAAAACAAAAUGUAAUGACUGUAUUUUUUAUCAUUUACGUGAUUUGAUGAAACAUAAUAGGACCUCUUGUCUAAAUAAUACUGCGUUUGUAGCAGCCAUUUAAUAUGUCAAUAUGUAGCACUUAAUCCCCGAAUGAGACAAAUCGUUUGUCUUUUACACAAGGAUUACAUUUAUAAAUGCUGUUGUUAUAAAGCCCUAUAUGGCUUUCUUUGUUUCUUUUUUUGAAGUGUCGUGGAAGUAAAUGACAACUUGAGCCGAGGCAAUGAAUGUGUUUGUUCUGGCACCAAUUGUAUGUCCGAAUGUAAAUAUAUUUACCACAAACUCGUGUCUUCGUGCGACAAAGUAGUAGAAGCAUGUUUUGUCGGUCUUUGCUGUUUUUCUUCUUUCAACUUUCUAGCAUUGUGAUAGUUAACAUGAAGUGCUAAAGCGUGGCAGACCUACUUGAUUAAUGUCAUUUGAAGACAGCUGCGUCCGUUUAGGAAUUGCUCCGGUUUCCACUCAUCACUUGUGUUAGCCUAUAGAAUAGACGGUCGUCGAAUCAAAUUAAAGUCCACUUGAACAUCCUUA